AUGAGCUCCGCCGAUAACGAGACCUCUUUCUACGAAACAUAUGACACCAUGCAUGUCCGUGAAAAAUUUCCGGAUGCUAGCCAGUUUCUGGUCUACCGGCUGGGAAGAGCCAUCUCUUGGCGCCGUCAGUAUUUGAAGUAUCGCGAAUCACACCACAAGAAGUUAUCCCAUGGCAUCCAUCCCGACCAUGAUGCCGAACAAGACUCCCUGACUGAGAUUGCUCGGCAAAACGAUGCUUGCUCAGAAACUGCGAGCUCCUUUGCUUCCACUGCAACAUCUGCUAAUCCAGUCAAACUGCGUCCACCGCCACUACCUGAAGAAGCGAAGAAUGGCAAGCCAUUCGAGUGCCCUCUAUGUUUUAUGAUAGUUGCCGCCCGUGACCAUCAUUCUUGGCGAGAACAUGUAUACAGGGAUCUCCAUCCAUAUAUAUGUACGUUUGAAGACUGCGCAACCCCUGAUCGGUUAUUUGCGCACCGGAAUGAGUGGUUUGAGCAUGAAAAGCAGGAACGACAAUGGAGUCCCGGUGGUACAGUGUCCCCUGUGCAACAAGAGAUCGCUCUUUACCUGCAAUUCCGCCGACACCUUGCGAAGCAUCAGAAGCAGUUGGCACUAUUUGCGCUUCCCUCAAACGUGCAACAGGAUAACGAUGACGGUGACAAUGGCAUUCCUAAACCUGAGGCCUUGGACAUCGGUGCGCAAGGGUACAGUGAUGAUGCCGGACCUGAUACUGUCACGGAAGACUCUAACUCUGACUCCGACACCGAAAUAUAUGCCAUACGCUGCGCGGGCAUUCGGCUUCCCAUUGUUGCGACAAGCGCCGUCGAUAUGGACGACUAG